AUUGUUGUUCCACCACGGCGUACGUGAACGCGGAUGAAACCGUCUCCAGUCCAAUCCGAGGCAGUUCAAAUCCCACUUCUAUCGCAGCGCUAGUGGCCCCCCCGGUAAAGUCAACGGUUUCAAAGUCCUUCGUCAAAGCGCAUUCGCCCAGUGUACUCGAAGUGGAAAGUGUCAUAAAGUAUGCGAUUAUCCUGUAAACAAAGUGUAAAACGCGCCCAAUAAACGCCGAAAAGAAGGGCAAACAGCAAACAGCAAACAACUCCCGGAUUUUACGACUUGAGCAAUCAAUUCCGCUGGUCACCCGGGGCUUGAGGACCCGCUCCAGGACUCGGAUCUCCCCCGGAACAGAACUAUAGAAUCGGAUCUGGGCACGUCGUAUAAUGGUUGCGCAAGUGAGAUGACGCCACUGCCGGUGAGAAGGAUACGUUAGGGGCGGCGUCGAACUAUGGGAACAGAGGCAUGGGCGUGUGCGCGGACCUUGGGUCUCAUCGAUGGUGUCGGGCAUUGAGCACCACCCAGCACAACAGCACCCAGCAACCGGAGGAGCAGCAGCAGCAGCUGGCUCAGCAGUCCCUGGAGAUCCCCUCCAGGAGUCCAACGACGAUUCCCGCUACUAAGACGCUGACGGCAUCGCCGGCGAAGACGGCAGCUUUCACAGUGAAAACGACGAGGAGAAGACGCAGCCGACGAAGGGCAGAAGGCAGCUCCAUCUGGGUCCCCCUGCGGAGAGGUCAAGGGUCAACGCCUACGAUACAGGUGCUCCAGCUCGUGCUGGUCUCGCUGCUGGCCCUGCUAGCGAAAAAUGCCCAGGCGCACAACAUUCCAGAAGACGCCGUGCACAUCACGGCCAUCCUCGGCGAGGGCGUCAUCUUCAACUGCCAUGUGGAGUUCCCCAACGACCACCCCGUGCCAUAUGUCCUGCAGUGGGACAAGAAGGUGAGCGAAACGGGCUCCGAUCUGCCCAUCUACAUCUGGUAUGAGAGCUACCCGGAGCACAUCGAGGAGGGCUACAAGGGACGCGUGUCCCGCGUGUCGCAGGACUCGCCCUUCGGCUCCGCCUCGCUCAACCUGACCAACAUCCGGGAGUCGGACCAGGGAUGGUACGAGUGCAAGGUCGUCUUCCUCAACCGGGACCCCAAGCAGCAUAAGAACGGUACAUGGUUCCACUUAGACGUACAUGCACCGCCGCGCUUUAGUGUUACGCCAGAGGAUAUUAUAUACGUUAAUUUAGGUGAUUCAAUUAUACUCAAUUGCCAGGCAGAUGGCACGCCCACGCCGGAAAUACUCUGGUACAAGGAUGCCAAUCCCGUCGAUCCCUCGCCCACGGUGGGCAUCUUCAACGACGGCACCGAGCUGCGGAUCUCCACCAUUCGGCACGAGGACAUCGGAGAGUACACUUGCAUUGCACGCAAUGGUGAGGGACAAGUCUCCCAUACGGCCCGUGUUAUAAUCGCGGGCGGCGCUGUAAUCAUGGAUAAGGCGGCGCCCGACAAACACACACGCACCAAGUCCAAGUCGAAUGCCGUCAAUGAGAGGCUGACCAUACGUGUGCCCCCGACCAACCAAACGAAGAACGAGGGCGAAAAAGUGAUAUUCUCCUGCGAGGCUAAGGCCAUGCCCGGGAAUGUCACGGUGCGCUGGUACCGCGAGGGCUCCCCCGUGCGGGAGGUGGCCGCCCUGGAGACGCGGGUCACCAUCCGCAAGGACGGCUCGCUCAUCAUCAACCCUAUCAAGCCGGACGACUCGGGCCAGUACCUCUGCGAGGUGACCAACGGCAUCGGCGACCCGCAGAGCGCCUCCGCCUACCUCAGCGUCGAAUAUCCCGCCAAGGUCACCUUCACGCCCACGGUGCAGUACCUGCCGUUCCGGCUGGCCGGCGUGGUCCAGUGCUACAUCAAGUCGAGCCCCCAGCUGCAGUACGUCACCUGGACGAAGGACAAGCGCCUGCUGGAGCCCUACCAGAUGAAGGACAUCAUAGUGAUGGCCAACGGAUCGCUGCUGUUCACGCGGGUGAACGAGGAGCACCAGGGCCAGUACUCCUGCACGCCGUACAACGCGUUGGGAACGGCCGGUGCCUCCGGCAUCAUGGACGUGCUGGUCAGGAAGCCACCCGCCUUCACGGUGGAGCCGGAGACGCUCUACCAGCGGAAGGUGGGCGACAGCGUGGAGAUGCACUGCGACGCCCUGGAGGCGGAGGGCACCGAGCGACCCACCAUCAAGUGGCAGCGCCAGGAGGGCGAGCAGCUGGCCGAGUCGCAGCGCAACCGCAUCAAGAUCUCGGGGGGCAACAUUACCAUAGAGAACCUGCGGCGGGAGGACUUCGGCUACUACCAGUGUGUGGUGUCCAACGAGGUGGCCACCCUGAUGGCCGUCACCCAGCUGGUGAUCGAGGGCACCCAGCCGCAUGCCCCCUACAACAUCACCGGCAAGGCCACCGAGUCCUCCAUAACGCUGCAGUGGCUGCCGGGAUACAGUGGAGGCUCUGAGUACAAGCAGGACUACACCAUCUGGUUCCGGGAGGCGGGGGUGAACGACUGGCAGACCAUCUCCGUGACGCCCUCGGGCAGCACGCAGGUGACCAUCAAUGGGCUGGCCUCGGGGACCACCUACGAGUUCCAGGUGGUGGGCAGGAACGUCCUCGGCGACGGGAUGAUGAGCAAAGUGAUGACCGUGCGCACGCUGGACCUCUUAGCCUAUUUUGACAUUUACUUUCACACCGACUCGCACGGCAAGCUAGUUUACUCGCCGCCCAAGUUGAGAGUCAAAGGUCCCAAGCCAGGACCGCCGAGGAACGUUUCCGUGACGGAGGUGUCGAACGGGUUCCUCAUCACGUGGCAGUCGCCGCUGGAGCGGGCCCACAUCGUCAAGUUCUACACCAUCAAGUACCGGACGGACGCGCAGUGGAAGACCCUCAACCGGGGACAGAUCCGGCCGGAGGAGACGCAGUAUCUGGUGAAGAACCUGGUGGGCGGCAGGACCUACUACUUCCGGGUGCUGGCCAACUCGGAGAAGUCCUACGAGUCCAGCGACGAGGUGAAGUUCCCUGUGCCGGCACGUGUCAAGCACAAGGCGAUUACCGCCGGCGUCGUUGGGGGCAUCCUGUUUUUUAUUGUUGCGAUCAUUUUAUCGGUUUGUGCCGUAAAAAUUUGCAAUAAACGUAAACGACGAAAACAGGAAAAAGAGUUCAACAUGGUAGCUUGCAGGAUAACGGACGCUCGUAACAUUGCCGCCAAUAAUCAUCAUUUGCACAAUCGCAGUACGGGCUCAAUUUCCUCUGGUCAAGUGCCUUUAAAAAAGUACAAACAAACCCGAAUAUCAAGUCUAAACGCCAUUCUCAUUGCCAUUCUCCACUGGAUCUGGCCACCUGAUCGCUGCACCAACUGCCACUCCAUCUACAGUUCUCCGAACCUCGAGGAUGGCGAUGAGGAGGGCGGAGCAGGACGGAGGCGUUCCGUAAGCCGCAUCCAACGAAGCCUCGACGGACGCUUUGUGCUGGAUGUGGAGGGGGUCUCUAAACUGGGAUACUCGCAACAGACCCUGGAAUCGGCCAAUGUGGAUGUGGUGGACGGCGCAGGUGGUGGUCUCUUCGAACGGCGCAACAGCAACGUCUCGCAGAAGUCCUCCAGCGAUGAUGGAGGAUUCCUGUCUAGGCGGAACUUUAUCACUGCUCGGGCUUCCUGGCGACGUCCCCUGGUGGCCUCCUCCAGCCAGCUGAGUCUCCAGUCGGCGGCAGAUUCGGCCAGGGGCUUCCUCCAGGGCCUGCUGAAGAUCGGGGGCAAGCAGGCCGCGGUUCCCAAUCCGCAGUCCUACUUCGAUGAGGCGGUGAGUGGCGCCCGCUAUCAGAAUGUCCUGCGUCCCUACACGAGCAGCAACAAUUUGUACGGCAACGCGGAUAGAAGUAGGCCUCUGCAUAUUAACACGAUCAGUGGCAGCCUCAGCCAGCAGCAGCAGCUGUACACCCCCUCGAGGAUCUCCAGGAUAUUCUCCAGCUCGCCCCAGCAACUGCAGCCCCAUCAUCAGCAACUCUUGCUCACCAGUGGUGGUAGUGGAGCCUAUCCCACGCACUUCAGCGACCUGAGCACCGUGUAUCCCCCGAAUUCCUCUGAGCGAUCUUCCCACAACCUCAGCAGUAGGUAUAGAUACUACUCCCAGGAGCUUCCUUCACUGAGAACCAUCCAGGAGGAGACUCGCCGGCAGCAGCAGCAGAAGCAGCAUCCCCUGGAGGACCACUUUGUGCCGCUCCAGCUGCCAUCGCCUCCCUCGUGGAGGAGCUACUACCAAUCGCAGGCCAGCUAUCGACCAAGAACACGCUGGUAUCCCCGUCACCACUCCAGGCUCUUCAGCAAUCGUCAGCAGCAGCACGAGAUGUUGUCGCCUCUGCCCCAGCUGAAUCUCAACCUGCGCAACUCCAUGAAUCCCGGGGGCUUGGAGGCCUCCCCAGAAUCCCGCUCCAGUUCGAGUGGGUUUGGCUCGAAGAACACCUCAAAUCACCCGGGGAGCACAAGUGAAUGGAGACUGCUGCCACCCUACAGAGCACCUCCCUUUCCGCCCAAGCACUCGGGUUACUUUGGAGGACAGCAGGCCCAGGGACAGACGCCACACGGCUCCUACUCGUAUCCCAGGGCCACCACGCCGCCCUACACGAUGGCUCACUGGCUGGAGAUGAUCUCAAGACUGAACGCGGCCACGGAUAGCAACCUCCCGAAGGCGCCCUGUCCCGUGGACGUGGGCAGUGUGGAUGGGCACUACGAGUUCGACCCGGCCACGCCCACACCCAGUGCAUCCAGCAUGCUGCGCGAAGAUCUCAACCUGCACAUAGACACGCACCCCUAUCACCACCACACCCUGGGACCCCUGAGCGGGAGUCUGCUGCACAGCCAUGCCCCCUACAGCGGGGGACUGGGAGGGGGCAGGAAGCCACGAUCUCUGCCGAUUCACCUGCCCCGCUACGACAACGUGGAGGUCAGACUGCAGGCCAUGAGGGAGGAGUUCUACGCCUACCGCAAGCGCCAGGCGAUGCAGCAAAUGGAGAGCGUUUGCUGAGCCAAUGAAGCAUUUAAUUGAGCCCCGCCACACCCACUUGCCAGCCCCAAACCACUCCCACAGAGAGCCAGAUUCACGGAUGAUAGAUACACCGACAAAGUUGGACAGCAAUCAGACGCGAUAUGAUAUUGGAUCAGGCCCCCGCAAUUCAGAGAUGAACUUUAAAAGUUUGGCCCCCUGCAAACUCACACCCAGAAAAGCAAAGCAAAAGCAAAAGAAAACACUUAGAAGCCAGAAACAAUUAGUAGAUUUAAAAAGAGAUGAAAGCUGUGUACAUACAUUCGGGGGCGGAGAGCCCCCAGGAGUUUAAGUAUAAUAUUUAACAACUAUAGCAAUUAUAGCAACAUAUUAUUACAGAAAUCGAUAAACGUAAAAUUGACAUUUAACGCAAGUAAGUGAAGCAACACAAAUUACAAUUACAAUUAACUAUUAUUUACGAGUGUAUUAGAUAUUGAUACUUAACGUAACACAGAUCGAGAUAUGUUAAACAUUGAGCAUUAAACAUUAAUUAACAAUCCACAAGCGUAAGCCUAAAUUAUGUUACCUUACAACUAAACUAAAUUAAUACGGAAUAUGCUAGCUGUUAAGCAUUUAGUUGUUAACAACGAGAGAGCAGAGCGGAGAACGAAGAGGCGACGACUCAAAAUAAAAGCGCUAAAAGUAAUUAAAACCACAUAUAGAGAAAUUGUUUCAUAAUUAAAUUAUUUAACGACAAGAAACCUACAAAGCAAAAAACAAAAACGAAAGCGGAAUAAAACCAAAACAGUUUAACGAAAAUUAAAUGAAAUAUAACUGCUGCAUAUAUGUUUACUGUUGACCUACACACGAUAAUUAACUCGAACAAAUAUUUAUUAACCCAAAAGAAAAGCAAACACAAAGAAAUCUAACGAAGAAAGAAAGGAAACCCAAGGAGACUUUUCUUUCCGGUUAGGAUCAGAGCCCAGUGAGAAAGCUAGACGAAGGACCCCAUAUGAUAGUUUCCCGGGUUCCCCAGGGCGAUGGUAUUUGGUCUUAGGUUAUAGGUCAGUUGUGUAAAGACAGCUCCCCGGAUGCAGCUUAGUUAACGAGGCGAGGCGUUUCUGUUUUUUAAGUAUUGUUAACGAUAAACGGUAACUGAUUAACGAUUAACAAUUAACGAUAACGAUAAACAUGUCUAAGAUCAAAUUGUAUGGAAUGAUGGUUUGACACAACUUGACGCCAAAACACUGCCAGAGCGAGAGAAGCGAGGAGACCGCGAGUGUGUAUAACUUGUGUAAAUUACAGAGCAUAUACAACAUAAUAUGAUAACGAUAACGAUAAUAACGAUUACGAGGACACUAUUCAGGGGACGGUUGGAGCGCGAAACAAAUCAAGAAAUCUACUACGAAUCAACCGAAUAAUGAUCUCAAGCAUUUCUGUUGGCCUUCAACUGCGAACGAAUCCGUUUGCCAGCCCCGUUUUUUCCGACCUCUGAUUUUCCCCCUAAAGUAUGAGCCCGUCUGUCCGCCUGUCAGUUCUUCAAGUUCUUCAAGCGCUACCUCUAAGACCUAUCCAGAUCAAAGGUGAUUAUCCCACGGAGUAGGCCUUGCAGAUCCGCGCUUGUUGCAUUCUUAGGCCGCAGAGAAGAUCGUAUUUAAAUUGAGAUAUGAUAAACUAGCAUAGAAGUUCUGAGAGGGGAGGAAAACUCGAGUUGUGUUGCAUGUAUUUUGUAAAUGUUGAGGGUAUUCAAGUAAAUAAGUUGAUUUUUGUAAUGCCUAGGACACCCACACUCUGACACGCCCACACUGAGAACAGAACACACACAUUAAGCGUUUAACUAGAACGAAAUAAAUUAAUUAAUUAACUGAGCAUUAACGGAAAGCGAACGAAGUGAGAAAAGCGCAAGCGAAUAAUUGCAAAAUGACAGCAUAAAUUGAAUUUUAAUUGAGCCACGGAGCCGAGAGACGUUAGGCGCAGGACUUUGAGGCAAAUAGAUACAUAUAUGAUUAUUUAUACGAGUACGAGUGCGAGUGCGAGUACGAGUGCAUGUGUUAUGUACUCCGUACGUGCGGCACGUAUAUAUGGAUACAGAUACUGGAUUACACGGCAUGUACAUUAAGUAAGAGGAUACAUUAAAUCUAAGUUAAGUAAAUCUAACGCUUUAGUCUGCCACUUUGAUUUUUGGACAAGGUGCGCCAGUUAACUUUUCGACUCAGCUCGACUCGACUCAAAUGAAAUGAACAAAAUAGGAACUAUCAAAGGAAACAAAAUAAGAAGUAUAAGAAAGGGAAAUCUAUAUUCUUUUGCACCUCCUUCCACUUCGACGACCAUUUCGCCAACAUUUCCCCGGACACACAACUUACCAACUUCGCCUCACUUCCCUUGCCCGCCAACACACUUUCACUUUCCCGACUUUCCACACUCCACUUUCCCCACUGCAAUUCCAAUUCAGCAUAUAUAAAUCGUACAAGGAUAAAUCAGUUUAGAACGAAAUAUAUUGUAAUUAAUACAGACACACAAUUAUAAAGAGAAAUUAGCAAAUUGAACAAAAUUUUUAAACAAUAAAACUUACAAAACGAAGCAAAAAAAAACAAACAAAAACCAAACAAAAAACAAAUAAAAAUACAAAACUUGAAAUUGAUCAAAUAAA